AUGGGUGUUGCAUGUGUCAGAGGAAUGCCAAAUCGAUCGAUCAUUGCUUGUUGCAUUUUCAGUAGCCCACAAGUCCUGGAGUUUGUGUUCUCUUUGUUUGGCAUUUCAUCAGGUGCUCCUAGCCAGUUAUUGGGUCGCUUUUCAGCUGGCAUGGUGGAUGCACUUGGUGGUGAAAUCGGGAAGGUUUCUGAUAGAUGCUAUUUACAAAAACGUGUUCUCAAUGUCUCUAGAGGCCCUGCAGUUCGAGCAUUGCGUGCGCAAACUGAUAAAAGGGAAUAUGCCAUGCAAAUGAGAAACAUAGUGGAAAGCACUCCAAACCUUUCUAUUAGAGAGGCUAUGGUGACAGACAUCUUAUUAGGAAAGAACGACAGUGUGGAAGGCGUCUGCACAUUUUUUGGGAUGAAGUUCUAUGCUCCUUCUGUUAUACUGACAACAGGCACUUUUAUGAGUGGUAAAAUUUGGGUUGGUAGAACUUCUAUGCCUGCAGGAAGGGCUGGUGAGUCAGCAUCACAUGGACUUACUGAGAACUUGCAGCACCUUGGAUUUGAAAUUGAUCGGCUAAAAACUGGAACCCCAGCACGUGUGGAUUGUCGUACUGUAGACUUUUCUGGAUUGGAAGCCCAGCAUGGAGAUGAAGAGGUCAGCUGGUUUAGCUUUGAUCCUGAUUUUCAUAUUGAAAGGGAGCAAAUGUGCUGCUAUCUAACACGUACCACGGCGAAAACACACCAGCUAAUUAAAGAGAAUUUGCAUGAAACUCCCACGUAUGGAGGAUGGGUUGAAGCUAAGGGACCCAGAUACUGCCCUUCAAUUGAAGAUAAGAUUGUCAGAUUUCAAGACAAAGAGUCCCAUCAGAUAUUUCUUGAACCAGAGGGCCGAACUGUGCCAGAGCUUUAUGUCCAGGGGUUCUCGACUGGGUUACCAGAGAGGCUACAGUUACCACUCUUAAGAACUUUACCUGGACUUGAAAAUUGUUCAAUGCUGAGGCCUGCUUAUGCUGUAGAAUAUGAUUAUUUGCCUGCUCAUCAAUGCUCUAGGGCUCUUAUGACAAAGAAGAUUGCUGGACUUUUCUUCUCUGGACAGAUAAAUGGAACCACAGGCUAUGAAGAGGCUGCAGCACAGGGCAUCAUUUCUGGUAUCAAUGCUGCCAGACAUUCAGAGGGUAAGCCCCUCAUUGUUCUUGAGAGGGAGAGCAGUUACAUAGGGACAUUGAUUGAUGAUCUGGUCACUAAGGAUCUUCGAGAGCCUUACCGAAUGUUGACAAGGCCAUUUUACAGAUUUCAUAUCUGAAACAUCCUUGUGGAG